AUGGCUACAUGUGUUGGCGGCAAUCUGAAUGUCAAAAACCAAACAUUAGUCGAACACGCUGGACCCAAGCCGUUGGACGUCAAACCCGUUGGACGUCAAACCCGUUGGACGUCGAAGCCGUUGGAUGAGCGCAUCAACCCGUUGGAAGUCGAACACGCUGGACCCAAACCCGUUGGAUGUCGAACCCGUCCAAGGAGCGCAUUAACCCAUUGGACCCGAACCCGUUGGAUGAACCCAUCAACCCGUUGGAUGAACCCAUCAACCCGUUGGACCCAACCCGUUGGACGUCAAACCCGUCCCAGGAGCGCAUUAACCCGUUGGGAGUUGAACACGCUGGACCUAAACCCGUUGGACGUCGAACCCGUUGGAUGA